AUGGGCAGGCAAAGGCACGAUGCACAGCUCCUCCACGCAGUCAUCCGGGUCUCGAUCCGGGGGCGGCCGCCUCAGCUCCAGGGUGGCGCUCUCCACCACCACCAGGUCCUCUGCCUGCUGAGUUCUUGCAGCCGGCUCUGCGCUGCCGGGCUGUGCUGCGUCCGCAGGCCCCUGCCCAGCAGGCUCACCAGGCGUGUGUGGAGAGGAAGGGAACGACCCCUGGCCCCCCGCCCGCUCAGACUCCUCACGCGCACGGUCCUGCAUCGCAGGCAGGAGCACUCGCAGCAGCGCGGUCAGCCCCUUUCCCUCCAUGGUGGGCCAGCUGGAGGGGUCCCCCAGCCUGCCCCAGGCCAGCGUGCGGUCGUGGGCCUGCUGGUGGCUGUGCAGGUGCACCACCACGUGCGCCUGGGCCGCGGCGGGGCAGGUGGAGAGCAGGUCACGCUCCGCCCAGGCCAGGGCCGCCAGUACCACGCCCAUCUCGCGGCGGAAGAUGGCCGACCGCAGGCCCGGGGGGGCCCAGGUCCAGGCUGUGCCCCCGCUGACAUGGCAGUGGACGUGCAGGCUCAUGGCCUGGCGGGGUUGGGCGGUGCCUGGGCCCGCCACCGCAUGCAGGUCCCCGCCGUGCGGCAGCCACUCUGCCAGCACCUCGUCACGCAGGAGCCGGGUGUAAAGCCUGGAGAGUUGCCUCUGGUUGUAACAGGGACCUGUCCCAGGGUGUGGGAGGGCUGA